AACAGCCCUACCUCCCCCGUCCCGGUGCCGGUGGAAGGGGAAGGAUGGCCGGGGCCAGGCCAGGCGUCCACGCCCUGCAGCUCAAGCCGGCGGCCGUGCACGAACUGCUCAAGAAAGGGAGCAAGUUUAUCAAAUGGGACGAGGACACAGCUGCCAGGACACUGGUCACUCUGCGGGUUGACCCUCAGGGAUUUUUCCUCUACUGGACCGGCCAAAACAAUGUGAGUUGCAUCGACAACAAGAGCACCGCGCGCUGGUGUAACACAGAAACAUAGACAAUAGGUGCAGGAGUAGAGGCCAUUCGGCCCUUCGAGCCUGCACCAUUCGCCAUUCAAUAUGAUCAUGGCUGAUCAUCCAACUCAGUAUCCCGUACCUGCCUUCUCUCCAUACCCCCUGAUCCCUUUAGCCACAAGGGCCACAUCUAACUCCCUCUUAAAUAUAGCCAAUGAACUGUGGCCUCAACCUCUGAUCCCUUUAGCCACAAGGGCCUCAUCUAACUCCCUCUUAAAUAUAGCCAAUGAACUGUGUGGCCUCAACUACCUUCUGUGGCAAAGAAUUCCAGAGAUUCACCACUCUCUGUGUGUGAAAAAAAAUGUUUUUCUCAUCUCGGACCUAAAAGAUUUCCCCCUUAUCCUUAAACUGUGACACCUUGUUCUGGACUUCCCCAACAUCGGGAACAAUCUUCCUGCAUCUAGCCUGUCCAACCCCUUAAGAAUU